CCCCCGCCCCGUCCUCAGUAGCCGCGGGCGCUGGGCGGCGGACGAGCGGCGCGGAGCCGGGAGCCGGGAGCCUGAGCCCCGGGGCUGCGGCCGCCCUCCCCUCCGUCCGUCCUGCGGGCUGCCAGAAAAAAAUAAAAUAAAAUGGAGCACAUGUUACUGCUAUUCAUAAUUUUCAUACCUAUGUUGGGCCUCAGUAAUGGAACAGAAACUGAACAAGAUUUUACUUGGCACUUAAAGAAGAUUCCCCAGAUUGUGAGAGAAAGAACUUUCUCCCUUGACAGCCCUAAAUUUGAAGCAAAAACCAAAUUAGAGCUGAACAGUGUAUGUGGAAUUGAAUGUCAAAGAAAACUGCCAGUGCCAAGCUUGUCUGACUUGAAGAGCCUCUUAUCCUAUGAGACUGUUUUUGAAAACGGCACACGGACCCUGACUGAAGUGAAUGUCCUCGGUGCAGUGCCUGACCCAGCUGCAAACACAACCACAGGAAGGCCUUUGAGGAAGAAGAGGCAGAUAUAUGGGACAGACAGUAGGUUCAGCAUCUACGACAAGAGGUUUAUGACCAACUUUCCGUUCAACACAGCUGUGAAGAUCUCCACGGGCUGCAGUGGCAUUCUCGUUUCCCCCAAGCACGUGCUAACAGCAGCCCACUGCCUGCACAAUGGCAAGGAUUAUGUUAAGGGCAGCAAAAGACUGAGGGUGGGCCUGAUGAAGACGAAAUCCAGAGGCAAUGGCAGGAAACGCAAAGGUGCUAAAAGAAGUAGGAGAGAAAUUUCUGUGGCCAAAGAGGAUCCCAAAGCCACCACAGAAUUAAGGAGACAAUCCAAAGGCAACGAGAGAAAGCAGAGGGGAUCUGGGAGGAAGCAAGGGACCUCAGAUGGCAUGCCCUCCUUCCAGUGGACCCGGGUGAAGAGCACGCACAUCCCAAAAGGCUGGUUUAAGGGUGUCUCUGGGGAUAUUGCCCUGGAUUAUGAUUAUGCUGUUCUUGAGCUCAAGCGUCCCCACAAAAGGAAGUACAUGGAGCUGGGAAUCAGCCCAACAAUCAAAAUGAUGCCUGGCAGCAUGAUCCACUUCUCAGGUUUUGACAAUGAUCGGUCUGGGCAGCUGGUGUAUAGAUUUUGUAGCAUUUCGGAUGAGUCCAAUGAUCUGUUCUAUCAGUACUGUGAUGCUGAGCCUGGCUCCACAGGAUCUGGCAUCUAUCUCCGUCUGAAGGAGCCAAACAAAAAGAAGUGGAAACGCAAGAUCAUCGCUGUUUACUCAGGCCAUCAGUGGGUGGACAUCAAUGGUGAACAGCAGGAUUACAAUGUAGCAGUACGAAUUACUCCUCUCAAAUAUGCCCAGAUUUGCUUCUGGAUACAUGGGAAUGACGAGAAUUGCACACAAGGCUGAAGAGAGCUGAGCCUCAGUUUUGCUUAGCACCCUCACUGCCAUAGAGUGAAAGGCGGCCGCAACAGUGACUGGAAGAACAUCACUCCACGCCAGAACGUUCUUGAACUCAAAGCUCGCAAGUAGUGCUAUGGUGACUUACGGAAUGCUGAAUUUCUAGGGGAGGGGUAGAAUUGUCAGACAAAAUAUUUCUAAUUGUAAUCAACCUAGAUACGCACUUAAAACCCCAAACUAUAUUUAUGUUGGCAAUUGUGAUAAAUUCAAGUCACUCGUGAGGAAAAAAAUGGCUGCACCUGUUUGUCAUUUUUUUCCCCAGAGGUAGGGUUGAAACAUCUCAAACUGGUGUUAUUAAACAAUAUCUAUUUUUUUCCAAUGGAUUUACUUUUCUCAGGGUUCUGUUCCAAUUCUUCAAAUGCAAGUUGUGUGUAUAGCAUGUUCCUGUAUGUGCAGAAUGAACUGCAUGAGAACAAGACAUUAUUCCAGCAUUCUCUAAAGACCACAGGUCCAUGUUGAGAAGCAGCACUAUAGUUGAUGAUUGUUAGUUUGGAAAACUUCCUCUGCUGGUUGCUGCAGGAACACUCCCAUGGAAAUUCCAAAUUAAUGUAGCUAAGGAUUCCACUAAAAGAAAAAUUCACUCCAUUGCUCAGUAAAAACAGCAAAAGAGAAAUUAACAAAAAAAAGUUUCUGUGUUUGGAAGAAGAACAUGCAUGUAGACAUAUUUAAUGCCUUUACACAUUCUUAGAGAAGCUAUAGAUAUCUUAAACACAUGCAUUUGGCUUCCAACUAGUAUUUGGAGAGCUGUAGGUUUAGUUUCUAGUCAAAUGUGUAGCUUUACCAUUGGGAGAAGUCACUGACUCCUGAAGUGGCUACUUGACAAUCACUUGGAGCUUCAAAGAUGAUGUAUUUUCUGGGUGCUAAACAUUUCUUCAGAUUUUAUAAAUUACUUUUAUACAAGUUCAGCUUCAUAGAUAGGAUAGUAUGUAUUAGACUGGGAGUUGGAAAUCAAUAUUUUAGUUUGACUUUAUACAGUUUUGCAAAGUGUGUGGUUUCAAUCAUGUUAUAUUCAGACUCUGCCUCAACAUGAUUCACAGGGUUAACUAAAAAUUUCUCCCAACUAAAUUAUAGCACCUUCUGAAUGGUAGAACUAUCCUGUGCAUUAUAAAAGGUAUCUUGUUAGAUAGCAGCAGUAGUUAGCAAAUUAUUUGGUUCAAUAUGUUUGCAGAACCAUGUAUUUAAUGAAGACACAAACUGAACUUGACUUUUAUACACCUUUAAACACAAACCACUUUCUUAAAAACUGUUGUUGAUUGCUAUAUAAGUCUAUAUCUUUAAUUUUAUGUCAAGAUUUUGAAAUACACAGAAUUCUUAUGGUGCUACCUUAAUCUAAUAACAUAAAAAGAUACUGUGCCUUUCUGAUCAUUUCCUUUGGUUUUCAAUACUUCCACAGUAUUCACUACCGUAAUAUUUAUUUUUUUACCAUAAAUUUGUGCUGACCAAAAUAUAUUUUAUUCCUGUGCAGGAGGAAAAAAUUACAAGAUUUUUAAAUAAUUUUUGGUUUUUUAAUCUUUAAAACAUGCUUGUAAUAUCUUUUGAUGAAAUAACAUGAUUUUAAAUAACCCUUUUUUUUUUUUCUUUUGGUGUGUGGUUGAAAGUAUGUAACCUGACACACUGAAUGUGCAGGCAACUUUGUCCUAUUAUUGCCAAAGCAUAAAAAUUUUAAGACUUUCUUCCAUAUCAUAACCCUAACAAUAUUUCAUUCAUUGGAAGAGAUCUCACUUUAAAGGAAACUAUUUCUUUUAAUGUCAACCUUUCCAGGGAAAACUCAGCUUUUCUUCCUUUCUCCCAAAAACUCACUUCCUCUCAAACCACGACAAUUAUGUUUUAAUUUUAUUUUGUGUGAUUGUUUGCAGAAAACUAAUAAUAAUAAUUUUAAAGUUUAGAAAUAAAUCUCUGAGAUUUUAGGGUUAAUUAUUUUUUAUUGUUGUUAACAUCUCUAUUAACACAUGUGGCUUUGCUGACAGUAGUUUUAAAUCACCUCGGUCCAGUAUUUAAUACUCUUGCUCUAUGCAACAGAUUUAUAGUAUUUUUUAGUCAGGUCAGUAAUGUUUUUCUUAAGUGCCUUUUUCCAUAGUUACUGUGACAAAUAGGGUACCACAUCAUUAAUCUAAUACAAGACAACCCAGGUCCAUGGAUUUUUUUACAAUUAUUGUCAUUGUUGAUUUGGGUCCAAAACUGAUCAAGAUAAGGGGGCUUAGUAAAUUCCUUGUUUCGUUGAGUCUUAUUUAGGUGUGCUUCUCAGAAGAAGAAAUAAAAUCUAUUUCUUUGUCACUUUGGGCACUGGGAGCAAGGUAAGAAUGAAAAAAUGAAAAAUGUUUGAUAUCAACUUCCAAAUGGUCUUGUUAUAAUAAUCAUCCGUUCUAAAUAUCUCAGCCACAACCUGAAGUUUCUAUACCAGGUUGACAAAAACUCUUUCUUUUCAGAGAAUAAGUACUAGAUGCUCAUUUUGUAGUACUAAGAGAUUAAAGAGGUUUGCCAGAGCAACAUAAAAAUUAAUUUCAAACAAACAAACAAACCUCUGUGUCUCAGUGCCCAUGCACAAACACAUGCAAAUACGCAUGCUUGGAGACCAUGGUUGUUUUGACUGAGUUUUGGUGUUGUCAGCACCUUAAGACCAGGGAAUGCAGGUAGAAGAAAGACACAGACAAAAUGCUUUUCCUAUUGUCUCAUCAUGGUGGGCAAAAUUUUGGUCUUCCACUUGGUCUUAUAGAGAAAUCCAUGCUUUAUGUACGCAUUGUGUCUACCUAUUACAGGGACUUCAGUUCAUAAAUCAAGUACUUAACACACAAUCCCAGGAAUUCAAUGUCCUGCAUAAAGCUCUUGGUACCCACCACUGCAAAUGGAAUAAAAAUUGUUGAGCCAUCUCAGAUUUUAUUAAAAACCUGCAGUUACUAUCUAGUUACCAACGAGAAAAUAGGAGGAGGAAAAUAUGAUCCCAGUAGAUUAGAUCUUGCUGCUGUCUAGGACACCAGCAGCAAGGCUGGGUUUCCAGCCCUCGUGAUGUUUUCCUAAAGGAUUUUUCCUCUCUCAGGUACCAUGGUAUACAACAUUUGUUUUCAUCAGUACUAAUUCUUUUCCAUAAGAGUUUGUAUAGUAGAUCUUUGUAUUUAACUGUAUUCCUGGCUUUAGGAAAAAACAACUUCAGUCAAAUCUCUUUUCUCCUGGAAUUUAUAAAGUCAACAAGUAAGUUUUUUUCAGGGCCAAAGAUAAACCUCAUAUGCAAGCCAUUAACACACCCAGACCAGCUUCUGCAAGGUAUUUGUGCAUGUCUUUAACCUGAGGCUCUGAGAACACACGGUGGAAGUCAAGGGGGUUAUCUGCAGUGUGAAAAAUUAAGUUCAAGUUUGUUUUAACAAAAGAAAAGCACAACAUUAUGUAAGGAAAUUAUUUCUGUUAUAUGAGGUAUAGAGUACCCAAUGUUUUAAUAAUUGCUUAAAGAAACUCCUUGACUCCUUAAGAUUUACCAUCUUAAUUUUGCAGAUUUAUGUGUCUAUAUGGAGUAUGAAUCAGCAUGAAUAUGGCUUAAAUGAAAAAAAGAACUCAUCCACAUGUGGAGGAGAGAAGCAGCUGAGGAGUUCUUUCUAUUCUCCUGAUAAGGGAUGACCUGGCAGCAAACAGCAAAUAAAAGAGAAAGAAAGAACAAGUAGAUGGUAUGGAAAGCCAGGAAGAUGGAGAUGGUAUGCAAGGAUAAAGAAAGUGUGCAAAGUAUCAGAUGAAAUACUGCAAGGUAGCAGAGGCACUUAUUGUGAGAAAGAGUAAGCAGAUGGUAGACACAAUAGUAUGAAUUAAGAUGUGAAAUUCACAAGUUUCAUGACAAUUUUUCACUGUUAAAGAUAAGACUUUGCUUCCCAGCCAACAACAACAAGAAGAGGGCUGUGAGAGGACUCAGGCUGUGGCAGCGACUGCUAGCAGGCAGGGGUUUUUAACCCUGAUCUACAAUCCAUGCCUGAAUUUGCAGGGACUAGGCUUCUGUUCAUUCAGGGUCCUUGGAAAGCGGCAGAUCUGUGUUCUGACCAAAAGGCUUGGCAGUAUGAACCUCCCAGUACACUGGAUCACCAAGAAUGUAGUGAGUAAACGGAGUUUCUCAAACCUGACCUUUUUUACGGGAUUCCUGUAAAGGCUGUUCCCCACUGGGAAAAAAUUAAACAAAAAAUCUCAGACUUAAGGCAUUUAAAUGUUGGCUCCAUUUUUGCAUGUAUCUAGAAAUUCUAAGCAAUAAAUUUUUUUCAAGUGUCUUCUGAUUGUGUUUGGCACCCAUAGGAAUUUAAUCAACUGCUUCCAAUUUUAAAGCACAGAUUAUUGCAGAUAGUUCCAUCUACAAAUUCCUGGAUUAAAGAAUGACUGGGGGGAAAAAAAAGAAUGUUAUUAAAUUGAAAGCUUAAAAUUUCACUCUAAUCUCAAAGGAUUUGGAAGUAUAUUUUGGUCCCCUUUGUACCAGUCUUUUGCUCCAAGUGUCAGAGCACUUAGAUUAAAAACAUCCAGAAGUAGCUUUGAGGAUUCUUUUAUGUUUUUUGCUUUUUCAAGACCAACAGAAAACAUUAGAAUAUUUUAACUGUGCAAAAUGACAAGCCAUCUGAGAAAAUAAAUGCAAACCUUUGCUCUGUUAAUAUUAUAUGAUGCACUUAUUCUGUCAAUAAAUAUUUUCUGUUGUUUUUCUUU